AUGGUUGAACAUCGUCAACAACUGAUUCUGUCGCCACUUCAACUGAUGUGCGAAGUUGAGUAUGGGGAUGUGAGACGUCGUCAGAUCGAGUGUGUUGUCUACGUGGUGCAGUGGGCCGGUCAAGAGCUGCACGGCGAGCAGUGGCCUGUUGUGAUCGACAUCAUCCGCGCCAUUGUGUCGGGACAGUAUCAGUUCGAUGAGUCGCUCGUAAAACAGAGUUAUGAUGCGCUGGCGCUGGUUAUUGCCGAUUUUUUGGACAUUCUUCCGUUCGCCUGUUUGAAAAUGUUGGUCGAAACCGACGCCAAAUACGGUGCCCAGCAAUGUGAGCUGAACAUUUCAUUGUCGGCCCUGGGGCAGUUGUGGACAAUAUCAGACUUCAUCUACAGUAAACGACCAAAACUGGUGAAUGAAGACACAGAAACAAUUUGGUUGGUGCUCUACAAUUGCCUGUCGGAAUUGUGUGUGGAUCCGAGGCCACCGGUUCGCAAGAGCGCAUGUCAAACACUCCUGCAAACGAUAGCUGCACAUGGUCUUGGCUUAAAGACUCAAACUUGGAAACAUAUGGUUUGGAAGAUUCUCUUCCCAAUGCUCGACAAAGUGCAAAAAUUAACACGAAGCGCUUCGACAGUGCGUACAGAUAGUACGGCGUUGGGAUCGAAUAUAUUGGUGCAUCAUUCGAGAGAUACGGAAUAUAAACAGUGGGCUGAAACAUCUGUGAACACGCUAUCGGCCAUCGUCAAAAUAUUCAACGCGCAACGAUCUCUACUUCUUUCACUUGAUGACUUCGCGUCGGCGUGGUCAACGCUUUUAGAGUAUAUCGAGUACUUGGCUGCAUCCGAUAACAGUGAAAUGUCACUUGCUGCUAUCAAAAGCUUUCAGGAGGUGUUACUCGGUCGAGUCACACAACAAUCGAUGGCUGAUAUGAAUUUACGUGAACGAUCAGCGGGGUGA